AUGAUUGCUUACAACAAGAAAGUAAUGAAUAAUGGAUAAGAAAUAGAUGUUUUAAUUACACAUGACAACGUAAUGUAAAUCAAAUUACAAUAGUUAUAGUCAAAAUAUAAAGAAAAUACAAACUUUAUAUACAAAACCACUAAGUGA